ACUGAGUAUUAGAUGAUACUAAAGAAGUAUUGCUCAUUUUGUUGGACUUAAUAAUGAUAUUAUGGUUAUUUUUAAGUCCUGUGUUAGAAAUACUGAACUAUUAACAGGUUAAAUUACAUUUAUGUUAAAAUACUUCUGGGGAAAAAAAGUAAACAGUUGGGGAUAGAUGAAGCAAAAAUGAAAGAAUGUCCUUGUUUUUGGAUUUUUCAUUUGUUUGUUUUUGUUUUAUUUUUGCUUGGAGACGGGCAAGUUGCCCAUACAUCCCAGCAGGCCAGGGGAGGAGCUGAAAGAAUGUCAGUAAUUGCCAAAGCUGGGUGAUAGAUACAUGGAAGUUUAUUAAUCUAUUUUCUCCACUUGUAAAUGUUAAAAAGAGGCAUCCUCAUCUUCACACUUUCUUCUACAUCGCAUUUCUCCAUUUUUACUACAGUAAGACUGUGAAAGAGAUCUGUAUUUACUGUCAGUACAUCAUCUCCUCCCAUUCUCUCCUGAACCUGGUCCAAUGGGGAUUUUUGCCUCCAUCGUGCCACCAAAACCACUCUUAUCAAGGUCACCAGUAACUUCCAGAUUGCCAAAUCUAAUGGUCAGUUCUCAGUUCUCAUUUUAAAUGGCCUUUGUAACAUUGAUGACUACUAAUCAUUCCUACUUGAAAAAGUUUCUUUACUUAACUUCAGGAUACCAAACUGAUUUUCCCCCUGCUUCAUUGUCUAGACCUUGUUUUCUUUGCUAGAUUUUUUCAUCUUCUGACUUCAGAUAUUGGCGUGCACCAGGACUCAAUCUUCUGACUCUUCUCUAUGACUUCCUAAGCAAUUUCAUUCAUUACCUUGGCUGUAAAUAUCAUCUGUGUACUGUUGAUUCCCAAAUUUACACCUCUAAUCCCAGCUUCCCCUUAAUGUCAUCUUAUAAAAUCUCACACUCAAUAUGUAUGAAACCAAAUUUUUUUUUUUUUUUUCAUUUUUCUAUAAAAUAGAGAUGGGGUUUUGCCAUGUUGCCCAGGCUGGUCUGAAACUCCUGGGCUCAAGCAAUCUUCCCACCUUGGCUCCCCAAAGUGCUAGGAUUACAGGUGUGAGCCACCGCACCCAGCCUGAAACCAAAUUCUUGAUCCACCUUACAAACUCCUCCCUCAGUGUUCCCCGUUUCAGUAAAUGGCAUCUUCAUUUUCACUCAGUUGCUCAGACCAGAAACCUAAUUGUUAUAAUUGACUUGUGUCUUUCUCUCACGCUCAUAUCCAGUAGCAAUUCCUGUCAGCUUUACCUUUAGAACAUAAACUGAAUUUGACUACUUCUCAUCAUCUCUGCUUCUGUCACUCUAGUCUAGUCCAAGUCACCAUCUUCUCUUGCCUGGGCAACUGCAGUAGCCUCUUAAUUGGUCUCCUUUUUCCCUAUUUCUUCACAAUCUCCUCACACAGCAGCCAGAGUGAUCCUUUUAAAACCUAAAACUAAUGAUAGUACUCCCCUGUUCAAAACCUUAUGGUGAUUUCCCAUCUCGCUCAACAUAAAACCCAGAGUUCGGAGAGCAGGCCGGAGCCCAGGCCCGGCCCAGCGGCGCCUGCCAGGUAGACCCAGGCGAAGCCGCGUGCCGGCGCGAGGGAAGCCCUCUGCGGGAACAUCCAGUCAUGGAUAAAAAUGAGCUGGUUCAGAAGGCCAAACUGGCCGAGCAGGCUGAGCAAUAUGAUGACAUGGCAGCCUGCAUGAAGUCUGUAACUGAGCAAGGAGCUGAAUUAUCCAAUGAGGAGAGGAAUCUUCUCUCAGUUGCUUAUAAAAAUGUUGUAGGAGCCCUUAGGUCAUCUUGGAGGGUCGUCUCAAGUAUUGAACAAAAGACGGAAGGUGCUGAGAAAAAACAGCGGAUGGCUCGAGAAUACAGAGAGAAAGUUGAGACGGAGCUAAGAGAUAUCUGCAAUGAUGUACUGUCUCUUUUGGAAAAGUUCUUGAUCCCCAAUACUUCACAAGCAGAGAGCAAAGUCUUCUAUUUGAAAAUGAAAGGAGAUUACUACCAUUACUUGGCUGAGGUUGCCGCUGGUGAUAACAAGAAAGGGAUUGUGGAUCAGUCACAACAAGCAUACCAAGAAGCUUUUGAAAUCAGCAAAAAGGAAAUGCAACCAACACAUCCUAUCAGACUGGCUCUGGCCCUUAACUUCUCUGUGUUCUAUUAUGAGAUUCUGAACUCCCCAGAGAAAGCCUGCUCUCUUGCAAAGACAGCUUUUGAUGAAGCCAUUGCUGAACUUGAUACAUUAAGUGAAGAGUCAUACAAAGACAGCACACUAAUAAUGCAAUUACUGAGAGACAACUUGACAUUGUGGACAUCAGAUACCCAAGGAGACGAAGCUGAAGCAGUAGAAGAAGGGGAAAAUUAACCGGCCUUCCAACUUUUGUGUGCCUCAUUCUAAAAUUUACACAGUAGACCAUUUGUCAUCCAUGCUGUCCCACAAAUAGUUUUUUGUUUACGAUUUAUGACAGGUUUAUAUUACUUCUACUUGAAUUUCUGUAUUUCCCAUGGGGUUUUUAUGCUUAAUAUUAGGGGAGUAGAGCCAGUUAACAUUUAGGGAGUUACCUGUUUUCAUCUUGAGGUGGUCAAUAUGGGGAUGUGAAAUUUUUAUACAAGUUAUAAAUGUUUGGCAUAGUACUUUUGGUACAUUGUGGCUUCACAAGGGCCAGUGUAAAACUGCUUCCAUGUCCAAGCAAAGAAAACUGCCUACAUAUUGGUUUGUCCUGGUGGGGAAUAAAAGGGAUCAUUGGUUCCAGUCACAGGUGUAGUAAUUGUGGGUACUUUAAGGUUUGGAGCACUUACAAGGCUGUGGUAGAAACAUACCCCAUGGAUACCACAUAUUAAACCAUGUAUAUCUGUGGAAUACUCAAUGUGCACACCUUUGACUACAACUGCAGAAGUGUUCCUUUAGACAAAGUUGUGACCCAUUUUACUCUGGAUAAGGGCAGAAACGGUUCACAUUCCAUUAUUUGUAAAGUUACCUGCUGUUAGCUUUCAUUAUUUUUGCUACACUCAUUUUAUUUGUAUCUAAAUGUUUUAGGUAACCUAAGAACAAAUGUAAAAAUAAGGAUGCAGGAAAAAUGAAUUGCUUGGUAUUCAUUACUUCAUGUAUAUCAAGCACAGCAGUAAAACAAAAACCCAUGUAUUUAACUUUUUUUUGUAGGUUUUUUGCUUUUAUGAUUUUUUUUUUUUUGAUACUUGCCUAACAUGCAUGUGCUGUAAAAAUAGUUAACAGGGAAAUAACUUGAGGUGAUGGCUAGCUUUGUUUAAUGUCUUAUGAAAUUUUCAUGAACAAUCCAAGCAUAAUUGUUAAGAACACAUGUAUUAAAUUCAUGUAAGUGGAAUAAAAGUUUUAUGAAUGGACUUUUCAACUACUUUCUCUACAGCUUUUCAUGUGAAUUAGUCUUUUGGUUCUGAAACUUCUCUAAAGGAAAUUGUACGUUUUUUGAAAUUUAUUCCUUAUUCCCUCUUGGCAGCUAAUGGGCCUUUACCAAGUUUAAACACGAAAUUUAUCAUAACAACAAAAAUACUACUAAUAUAACUACUGUUUCCAUGUCCCAUGAUCCCCUCUCUUCCUCCCCACCCUGAAAAAAAUGAGUUCCUAUUUUUUCUGGGAGAGGGGGAGAUUGAUUAGAAAAAAAUGUAAUAUGUUCCAUUUAAAAUUUUGGCUUAUGGCAUUUUCUAACUUAGGAAGCCACGAUGUUCUUGGCCCGUCAUGACAUUGGGUAGUAUUAACUAUAAGUUUUGUGCUUCCAAAUCACUUUUUGGUUUUUAAGAAUUUCUUGAUACUCUUAUAGUCUGCCUUCAAUUUUGAUCCUUUAUUCUAUUUGUCAGAUGCACAAGAUUACCUUCCUUUUUUAGCCUUCUGUCUUGUCACCAACCAUUCCUACUUGGUGGCCAUGUACUUGGAAAAAGGCCGCAUGAUCUUUCUGGCUCCACUCAGUGUCUAAGGCACCCUGCUUCCUUUGCUCGCAUCCCACAGACUAUUUCCCUCAUCCUAUUUACUGCAGCAAAUCUCUCCUUAGUUGAUGAGAUUGUGUUUAUCUCCCUUUAAAACCCUACCUAUCCUGAAUGGUUUGUCAUUGUCUGCCUUUAAAAUCCUUCCUCUUUCUUCUUCCUCUGUUCUCUAAAUAAUGAUGGGGCUAAGUUAUACCCAAAGCUCACUUUACAAAAUAUUUCCUCAGUACUUUGCAGGAAACACCAAACAAAAAUGCCAUUUUAAAAGAGGUGUAUUUUUUCUUUUAGAAUGUAAGCUCCUCAAGAGCAGGGACAAUGUUUUUUGUAUGUUCUAUUGUGCCUGGUACACUGUAAAUGCUCAAUAAAGAUUGAUGAUGG